UAUAACAAAACGGCACAGUAUUUCAUGAAUAUAACAAGCUUAAUAUAUUGGUUAGGCUUACCAGAUUUCUGGAAGAGGGAUACGCCUAGAUCAAAGAAAAUCGUUCAAAUACACGAAAUUUACUGUUACUCCAUGGUGGUAUUGUCCGUUGUGAUGAUUAUAUUUGAAUUGGGCGCGUUUUUUACCCAACCAAAUUUGAACGAGCGCCAAAGCUCAAAUAUGAUUCUAUUCGGGAUAUCGCAUCCAUUUUUGUUAACUUUUAUAUUGAGUACGUUGUAUUACAUAAAAGAAAUGAGAUGUUUGUUAUACACACUCGCUGUGGAACUAAGAGCGGAGUACAACGACAAGGAAAUAGAAACAUCAAUGGUGAAGAAGAUCAAAGUGUACACAGCAUCAUUUAUAAGCUUCUUUUUAGUAGCUUGUGUCUUUUACGGGAUCGACGCUUUGGUUAAUGUUGUGAAGAACGACGCCACAUUCACGACAGUGGUGGUGGCCUGGCCGGAGGUGCACGACCAGUCGCCGCUGGCUGGCGCCGUCAGGGUGCUCUUCUACCUUGUGUUCUGGAGUAUGAUGCUGGCGCUCUGCGGCGUGUACACGAUCGUCAUCGCCACUACCAUCUGUCUCAAUCAUCAGUAUAAGAAUCUACAGAGUUACUUCUGUAAUUUGGCGGGUAUAUUUGAAGAAAAUAUAAGCCAGUACCAGAAGGAGAGAAAGUACGUGGAAGGCUUCAAACUCGGUGUCACCAUGCAUUCUAAAACAUUGUGGUGCAGACAACAAUUGCAGACGAUAUGCACCGUGAUCUUCAGCUCGCAGGUGGUCACCAACGUUAUUGUACUAAUUCUGAUGCUAUAUCAAAUGCUGAACGCCGAGCGAACAUUAUUCGCGCUGUUCUCGAGCGUGUUCACGUUCGUCGCGAUCCUGUGCAGCACGGCACUGUUCAUGUUGAACGCUGGUGACGUCACCAUUGAGGCUUUAGCAAUACCAACGGCGAUGUACCAGUCGGGCUGGCAGCAUUGCGCGCCCGCCAGGGUCCGCAAACUGCUGGUCUGUGCCAUGAUGCAGGGACAGCAACCAGAAGUGUUAUGGGCGCUUGGCAUAGUACCGAUGUCAUAUGAAUCCUAUGUGUCUAUCGUGAAAUCUUCGUACACAAUGUUUUCCGUGAUAUACUCACAGACAUAACCCUUGAACUUUUGAAGAAAUAAAAUAUUAUUAUAUUACGUAAUUGUAUUAUUUAUUUGCGGUGCCAGUUUCGUAUUCUAAUAGCUAGAGGGAGAGGAUAGAUUGGAUUAGAGGGAGAUAUUAGAUUUUAACAUAAAUUGUUUCAUUUGUUUCCGUUUGUUACUUGAAACAAAUGGGACAGUUUAUGUUAAAACCAUUUUUACUUGGAAUUACAUAUUACGUAAAAUAAAAAUUUUAAAAGUAUUUGUGAAAAAUGUAUUCGUGAUUGGUAUUAAAAUAAACCUCUACUAUUAACACACUACUAGUGACCGGUGCCUCGAACGGAGCUAAGGCACGCAUUCUUACAAUACGCACAAUACAAUACGAACUUAUCUACCGUCACGGGUAUAUACUGACUGCGUAACGUGAGCGCGCGUGCACUUUUUUGUAUGAAAUUGUGUCGCAAGCGUACAUGUACCAAUGUGUAUGUGCACGCGCGUUAAAAUUCCAUACAAUCGUGCUGCGUAAGGAUAAGGUGUGCGCAGGCCUUAAAAAUUGUAUGAAAACGAGGGUCAACCAAAUAUUUCUAUCUCUUUUUGGCAUACUGUAAAUGCUAAAAAGAUUCUUUGUGCUGAACAAAGAAUGGAUAUAGCAUUCGGUAAAAUUGAUGCGGUUUUUCUUAAGAUAACUACCUACUUGGAUAUUACCUUAGAAGCAGUCGGAUUAGUUACUAUGGAAGAAAUGAUUUCUCGAAAAUCACGGCACGUAAAAUAAUUCCUUUGUUAUAAAAAUAGACAAAGUUUAUAUAAAGAACUGUACAAGCUUUGAUUUUGAUUUUGUCGAUAAAUAAAUCCGUGACGGUUUAAACACGUUUAAAUAAUCGUAAGAUAAUCUGUGAAAUAAAAUGUAGGAUCCCUGUUUAAUCAGAACAGAAUAUAACAGAAUACUAAAGCUAAUUAUACACUCUUUAAAUUUAAAAAAAUACUUCAUUGAAACAUCGUGAUAUAAAAAUUUAUCAGCUUAAUUCAUACUCGCAAACGUAUUGAGACACAGAGAUCCAAAAAUAUAAAACUAAUUACAAUAAACUAUACGCUACUAUAUAUA